UCCCUGAUUUCUUUGAUUUGGGUUUUUGUGAUUCAUUUUGAUUUUAUACUUUUAUUCUUAAUAAUAUGGAGAUUUACAGCAAGGAAAAAAUACAGGUUGAGCAAUGCUCUAGUCCUGACAAAGGGUGUGAAGUGUAUGUUACCCGUAUACCAAGAGAUGUUCAGGAAAAAGAUCUGGUGAAUAUUUUCAGUAAGAUUGGAAAACUUAGAGAUCUUAGGUUAAUGAUGGAACCAACAGGUCUUGGACUUAACAGAGGUUACGCAUACAUCAGAUAUUUCUCAGCAGAGAGUUUUCUGGUUCUCACUAUGUAUCUAGUUGUAACUAAGUCUGUUGACAACCGCAGACUUUGGGUAAACGGAAUACCUAAAAGUAAAUCUACUGAAGAGAUUAGGAAAGAAAUGGAGAGGCUGACUGCUGGUGUCCUCAAUAUUAUCCUGUAUCCCAGUCAGGCUGAUAAGACUAAGUCUCGAGGCUAUAUGUUUGUAGAAUAUGAUUCUCACAAGUCUGCAGCUAUGGCAAGAAGAAAACUCACCCAAGGUUCUGUGAGUAUUUGUGGACAGGAGCUUGGUCAGGUUGACUGGGCUGAGCCUGAGCAUGAGGUUGACGAAGAAACAAUGUCAAAUGUAAAAAUACUCUUUGUUAGAAACCUCCUUCUUGAAACUACAGAGGACACCAUUCGAAACCUGUUCAAUAGAAAAGGAAACAAUGAUGUGGAGCGUGUGAAAAAAACAAAGGAUUUUGCUUUCGUUCACUUCUCCACUCGUAAAUCUGCAGAACAAGCCCUGUCAAGUUGUGAAAACCUUCAAAUUGAUGGAACACUUGUAGAGGUACUCUGGAGCAAACCUGUGGAUAAAAAGCUUUACAACACAAGGAAAACUCUCACUAAGGCAUUCACCCUUGGCAGUGAAGUAAUUGAUGGAGAGAAUGGAUUGGUUCAAGCGCUAUCGCCACGAAAGCGUGGAGCAGCGGGUAUUCGAGGUCUUGGCGCACCAGGCACUGCUCCAUCCAAGCAGCUUGUUCAGAGAUACUGUUCCCUAACAUCUGGGAAUCAAAUACAAGUGAAGCAAAUAACUCCUUUCCAGAAUAAUUUCACUUAUUUCAGAUCUGCUCCAGACAUACUUCUGGAUAUUUGUCAUAGUAAUCGUUGGGGGGAACCCAUUUACUCUCUAUCUGUUACUGUUCCAGGGGAGGGGGCCAUGAAAAUGUAUAUAUACAAGGUGACUAUACCAAACUACCCGUUUCAACAUCCUCACAACGUAUUCCAAACAUAUAACCUGAAACCAACUCCAGAAGAGGCCAGACUAGAGGCUGCUCAGUUUGUGUUGGCAUGUCUGAGGAUUAGUCCUGAGUACCUCUGUAAUAUUAGCAGCUUUAAUCCAGCCUCUAUUCCUCAGGUGUAUCCUCUAACUGCAGCCACCACACUUCAAGGAGUUCCGUUGACCAUGACUGCCCCUGGUGGACUGCCAGGAAAUACUGGCAUGCGAUUGGUUUAUCCAGAUCCGUACACAGCCAAUUAUGCGUCAUUGCUCUCUUCCAUGUGUGGAUUAAACGUCAGCUAAACAUUCCUAAAAAUUAAGAUCUAUUUUGAAUAUGACUUAAAAUGGUCUUUUUCCAUCAGUGUUGAAAGUUUUGUGUAACGUUUUCUAAAAUAACUGCAAUGACUCUUGAUAAUUUUAGGAAUGGAAUUAAAUUUUGUAAAAGUCAACAUGAACGUAGAACAUUGUUUGAAAAACGUUUUUUUUAAUAUAUACCAAUAUUUUGCUACAUCUGUAUAAAUGGGUAAUCUGAAUUUUUCUGUAAAUAUUUAUUUAGUUCAAUUUAAAGAGCCUUCUCCUGUUGAAAUAUUGAUUAGAAAAUACAAGUUGAUAAAGCAUUCCAAUAAUAUAACUUUUUAAUAAUAGGGAUGGGCAAGGUUCGGCAUAUGAAUGAAAACGAAAGACAAAAACGUCAAUCUUCCUAUCGGCGUCACUGAACGAAAUAAACCAUUCAUUAAAAGGAUCUAACAAUAAAGAACAGAAUGAGGGCAAUGGUCGUUCAGUUGUUGAUUUAAAUUGCACGGUCUAGUCUUUACCGUACCGGCCUGUCUAGUGUACCCAGAAUGUGGUUAACCCGACAUGUUUUCAACAGAAUAAGGCGGGUUGAGCUGUGGGGGAUUUCUAACCAAUAAUUUAUUUAUGACUUUGAAGACAGUAUAUCGAAUACUUGGUAUAUAUCCACCCUUAAUACUGUUAAAAGUCUAAAUCCAAAUCGCUUAACGAAUGGGAAAAAACGGGAAGUCUGUCUGUUCGAUUUACUUAUCCAAGUGUUCCGAGCGAAUUAGAUUAAGUUUAAAAGUGCUCAGUCCUGGUAAAAAAUGAAACACUGUUAGUUACAUUUCUUUGAAUUAAAAAAAUAAACAAUUUUAAAAAUAAUCAAUUUCAAAAAUUAAUUAGACUCCAAAAAUGUUUAGAUUUUUUUCUCCAUGUUUGUUUGUACACAGAAUGUACUAAGAAUACUUUACAAUGUCAGCAUUUUGUUUUACAUUGUAAAGACAAGGUUUAUUUUUAUAUAUUUCUAAAAAUUCCCAAACCAAAAUGACUUUGUCUAUAUAGGAAACAACAUUUCCAUUUAUAAAGAUUGUUUAAAAUCCUUGAAAACUUUUUUAUGUCAUAAAUCUAUGUUUAAAUGUGUACCUACUACCUACCAUUGUAAAUUUUGUAAUGUGUAUUCCCGUAAAGAAACCAAUAAAGGAUUCAAGAAAU